AAGAGGUACUCCCUUAUAGGGACUCAUAAAGGCAUAGAGCAUCUAGAGAUUUACUGCCUCCAUUACGCUGCUGGCUCUCACAGCACUUGUUAUGUUUUUAUCAGUUUCUCUCCAGAAGAGAUUGGAAACCCAAGUGCCUACAGAGGCCAGGCUGAUGGGAAUGAAGCAGGAACCCACUGCACUGAACUGGAGAGCCAAGUCCUUUCUGAAGGAGCAGCCACUGCUCCGUUCCAGAUAAUUGUUGAAAGGCAGGAAUGUUGACCUAGUAUUACCACAUUGUCCAGUUUCUCAGGCUACAUUAUUGGAAUUUUGAAGACAUGAAAACAUCAGAUGAACCAACCUACGACAUCUUGGAUUCUGAUUGGAAGAUGAAGAGAAAAUUUAAAGAAUGUGGCCUCUAAAGGCGGGUAGUACCUGGAAAUAUUAACCGACUCACACUGUAAAAAUGAGACCGGUCUCUAGACUAUAGAGGUUAUUUUAGUCUGACAUCAAGGUUCAAGACAAAAUGUUGAACUAAAAACUGUACACUCCUCCCCUCCCCUAAUUCAGGCAGGUACCAGCAUUGGUGAAUAUGAUUUUCCUUAGUCAGAAGCACUCAUUUUUACCCAUGUAGACCAUCCUUAGGAAUUAAAUAUUGUUUAUUUAAUGUAGAUUAUAAUGGAAAACUGAUUUUUUCCACAAUGGCAGAUUUCAAGGACUUGGUUCCAAACUGAGCAGAAGCUUCCCAAUGCAUUUUGUACAGUCGGGGAAAAACUGUGCUGCAUUGGCCAUUUUUGAAGGCCAUCAUGCCCUGUAAUAUAAGGAUAUCAUCUUAUUGCUGAUAUCUUUGGAGAGUCCCAAGCAGACACAGAAAAUGAAUGGAGGCAAGGACUGUGACGGAGGGGACAAAGAUGGAGGUCUUCCAGCUAUACAAGUUCCUGUGGGUUGGCAGCGUCGUGUGGAUCAAAAUGGAGUGCUUUAUGUCAGUCCCAGUGGGUCUUUGUUAUCUUGCUUGGAGCAGGUUAAAACAUACCUGCUUACUGACGGAACAUGCAAGUGUGGCUUGGAAUGUCCUCUUAUUCUUCCCAAGGUGUUUAAUUUUGAUCCUGGAGCUGCUGUGAAACAGAGAACUGCAGAAGAUGUUAAAGCAGAUGAAGAUGUCACAAAGCUAUGCAUACAUAAAAGAAAAAUCAUUGCAGUGGCCACACUUCACAAAAGCAUGGAAGCCCCACAUCCUUCUCUGGUGCUCACCAGUCCCGGGGGAGGAACAAAUGCAACUCCAGUAGUACCUUCACGGGCAGCAACUCCAAGAUCUGUAAGAAAUAAGUCGCAUGAAGGAAUUACAAAUUCUGUAAUGCCUGAAUGUAAGAAUCCUUUCAAGUUAAUGAUUGGAUCAUCAAAUGCCAUGGGAAGGCUAUAUGUACAAGAAUUGCCUGGAAGCCAGCAACAAGAACUCCACCCUGUCUACCCCCGGCAGAGAUUGGGCAGCAGUGAACACGGACAGAAAUCUCCAUUCCGUGGCAGCCAUGGAGGCCUACCCAGCCCAGCAUCAUCAGGUUCCCAGAUAUAUGGAGAUGGCUCAAUCUCUCCAAGGACUGACCCACUAGGAAGCCCAGAUGUUUUCACAAGAAGUAAUCCUGGUUUUCAUGGAGCUCCCAAUUCUAGUCCUAUUCACUUGAGUAGGACUCCUCUUUCUCCACCGUCGGUAAUGCUACAUGGUUCUCCUGUACAGUCAUCCUGUGCAAUGGCUGGAAGGACUAAUAUACCUCUUUCCCCAACCUUGACUACAAAGAGUCCAGUAAUGAAAAAACCAAUGUGUAAUUUUUCAACUAAUAUGGAAAUACCACGAGCAAUGUUCCACCACAAACCACCCCAAGGCCCACCUCCCCCUCCUCCACCUUCUUGUGCUCUUCAGAAAAAGCCAUUAACAUCCGAGAAAGAUCCACUUGGCAUUCUUGACCCUAUUCCUAGUAAACCAGUGAAUCAGAACCCUGUUAUCAUUAAUCCAACUAGUUUCCAUUCAAAUGUCCACUCUCAGGUACCUGUGAUGAAUGUAAGCAUGCCUCCUGCUGUUGUUCCUUUGCCAAGUAAUCUCCCUUUGCCAACCGUAAAACCUGGUCAUAUGAAUCAUGGGAGUCACAUACAAAGAGUUCAGCAUUCAGCUUCAACCUCCCUGUCCCCUUCUCCAGUGACAUCCCCAGUGCACAUGAUGGGGACUGGAAUUGGAAGGAUUGAGGCAUCGCCCCAAAGAUCACGCUCAUCUUCCACAUCAUCAGAUCACGGAAAUUUCAUGAUGCCACCUCUAGGACCCCAGGCCACUUGUAGUGGUAUUAAGGUUCCACCCAGGUCACCAAGGUCAACGAUAGGGUCCCCAAGGCCAUCAAUGCCAUCAAGCCCUUCUACCAAGUCCGAUGGACAUCAUCAGUACAAGGAUAUCCCUAACCCAUUAAUUGCUGGAAUGAGUAAUGUACUAAAUACCCCAAGCAGUGCAGCUUUUCCUACUGCAUCUGCAGGAAGUGGUUCUGUAAAGAGUCAGCCUGGUUUGCUGGGAAUGCCUUUAAAUCAGAUCUUGAACCAGCACAAUGCUGCCUCCUUUCCAGCAAGUAGUUUACUCUCAGCAGCAGCCAAAGCACAGCUAGCAAAUCAAAACAAACUUGCUGGUAACAACUGUAGCAGCAGUAGCAAUUCUGGAGCUGUUGCUGGCAGUGGCAACACUGAAGGACAUAGCACUUUAAACACCAUGUUCCCUCCUACUGCCAACAUGCUUCUCCCGACAGGAGAAGGGCAAAGUGGUCGAGCAGCACUAAGAGAUAAGCUGAUGUCUCAGCAAAAAGACUCAUUGCGGAAAAGAAAACAGCCACCUACCACAGUGUUGAGUUUGCUCAGACAGUCUCAAAUGGAUAGUUCUGCAGUUCCUAAACCUGGACCCGACUUGCUAAGAAAGCAGGGUCAGGGUUCCUUUCCCAUCAGUUCAAUGUCUCAGUUACUACAGUCUAUGAGUUGUCAAAGCUCUCACUUGAGUAGCAAUAGUACCCCGGGUUGUGGGGGCUCAAAUACUGCUUUGCCUUGCUCUGCUAACCAGCUGCAUUUUACAGAUCCCAAUAUGAACUCCAGUGCUCUUCAGAAUUCACUGACACAGACCAUACCUUUGAGAGGGGAAGCCGUGCACUGCCACAAUGCAAACACUAACUUUGUUCACAGUAACAGUCCAGUCCCAAACCACCAUCUCGCAGGUUUAAUAAAUCAGAUUCAGGCUAGCGGGAACUGUGGGAUGCUCAGUCAGUCGGGCAUGGCUUUAGGAAAUUCAUUACAUCCCAAUCCACCUCAGUCAAGAAUUUCAACGUCCUCCACUCCAGUGAUACCAAACAGCAUUGUUAGCAGCUAUAAUCAAACAAGUUCUGAAGCAGGCGGUUCAGGACCAUCAUCCUCCAUAGCCAUAGCUGGCACCAACCACCCCGCCAUUACAAAGACAACAUCUGUUCUUCAAGAUGGCGUCAUAGUUACCACCGCAGCUGGAAACCCACUGCAGAGUCAGCUGCCUAUUGGGAGUGAUUUUCCUUAUGUUGGCCAGGAGCACGCACUUCAUUUUCCAUCCAACAGCACUUCAAACAACCAUCUUCCACACCCCUUGAACCCCAGCCUCCUCAGUUCUCUACCUAUCUCUUUGCCAGUGAAUCAACAGCAUCUCCUAAACCAGAAUCUAUUAAAUAUCCUCCAGCCUUCAGCAGGAGAAGGCAAGUCUGAGAUCAACCUCCACCCUUUAGGUUUUCUCAACCCGAAUGUAAACACUGCUUUAGCUUUUCUCUCUGGUGACAUGGAUGGGCAGGUAUUGCAGCCUGUUCACUUUCAGCUCUUAGCAGCCCUGCUUCAGAACCAAGCCCAAGCAGCUGCCAUGCUUCCCCUGCCAUCUUUCAAUAUGACCAUCUCAGAUCUUUUACAACAGCAAAAUACCCCUUUACCCUCAUUAUCACAGAUGACAGCCCCACCAGACCAUUUGCCAAGCAAUCAGUCAGAGAACAGCCGAGCUGAGACCCUUUUAACCAGCCCCCUGGGGAACCCUUUACCAAGCUUUGCAGGCAGUGACACUACUUUUAACCCCCUGUUCCUCCCAGCUGUCACUGGGGCCUCGGGAUUAAUGGCCUUGAAUCCCCAGCUGUUGGGAGGUGUCCUGAACUCAGCAUCGGCCAACACCGCUAAUCAUCCAGAGGUUUCCAUAGCAACUUCCUCCCAGGCAACCACUACCACAACCACUACAUCAUCAGCAGUGGCAGCACUGACUGUCUCAACACUUGGUGGGACAGCAGUGGUGUCAAUGGCAGAAACAUUGCUGAAUAUAUCUAAUAAUGCUGGGAAUACACCUGGUCCAGCUAAACUCAACAGUAACUCUGUGGUGCCACAGCUACUUAACCCUCUACUGGGGACAGGUCUGCUUGGUGACAUGUCCUCAAUAAACAAUUCUUUGAAUAACCAUCAACUGACUCAUCUGCAGUCGCUGUUAAACAACAAUCAGAUGUUUCCUCCAAAUCAGCAGCAGCAGCAGCAGCAACUUCUUCAGGGGUACCAGAACCUGCAGGCAUUUCAAGGACAGCCCACAAUUCCUUGCGCGGCUAACAGUAACCCCAUGGCUUGUCUGUUUCAGAACUUUCAGGUGAGAAUGCAGGAAGAUGCAGCUCUCCUAAACAAAAGAAUAAGCACUCAGCCGGGGCUCACAGCACUUCCUGAGAAUCCAAACACUACACUUCCACCUUUCCAAGAUACAUCUUGUGAGCUGCAACAGAGGAUUGACCCAUCUCUUGGUCAGCAGGUGAAGGAUGGCCUCGUUGUGAGUGGCCAAGGUGAUGCUUCUGUAGAUGCCAUUUACAAAGCAGUUGUUGAUGCAGCCAGCAAAGGGAUGCAGGUUGUCAUCACCACUGCAGUCAACAGUACAACUCAGAUCAGCCCCAUUCCAGCUCUGAGUGCCAUGAGUGCCUUCACUGCCUCAAUUGGUGACCCAUUAAGUCUCCCCAGUGCUGUCAGUGCGGUCAUUCAUGGACGAAACAUGGGCAGUGUCGAUCAUGAUGGUAGGCUAAGGAAUGCAAGAGGGGCUCGGCUGCCCAGGAAUCUGGACCAUGGGAAAAACUCAAAUGAAGGAGAUGGGUUUGAAUAUUUCAAGUCAGCAAGUUGCCACACAUCCAAAAAACAGUGGGAUGGGGAGCAAAGCCCCGGAGGGGAGCAAAACAGGUGGAAGUGUGAGGAAUUUUUAGAUCAUCCAGGCCAUAUCCACAGUAGUCCUUGUCAUGAGAGGUCCAACAAUGUCUCUACACUGCCAUUUCUGCCUGGGGAACAGCACCCAGUACUGUUACCACCACGAAACUGUCAAGGGGAUAAAAUUCUGGAGGAAAAUUUCAGGUAUAAUAACUACAAAAGAACUAUGAUGAGUUUUAAGGAGAGACUAGAGAACACUGUGGAAAGAUGUGCACACAUUAAUGGGAACAGACCUCGACAGAGUCGGGGCUUUGGCGAGCUGCUGAGCACCACAAGGCAAGACCUGGUCCUAGAGGAGCAGUCUCCAAGCUCCUCAAAUAGUUUGGAAAGUUCUCUAGUCAAAGACUACAUCCAUUACAAUGGAGACUUUAAUGCCAAAAGCAUUAAUGGGUGUGUGCCUAGCCCUUCAGACGCUAAAAGCAUUAGUAGUGAAGAUGACCUAAGGAAUCCAGAUUCCCCUUCUUCAAAUGAGUUGAUACAUUAUAGGCCAAGGACGUUCAACGUUGGCGACUUGGUCUGGGGCCAAAUCAAAGGACUUACUUCUUGGCCUGGAAAAUUAGUAAGAGAAGACGACGUUCACAAUUCAUGUCAACAAAGCCCCGAGGAAGGGAAGGUGGAGCCCGAGAAGUUGAAGACACUAACAGAAGGUUUAGAAGCCUACAGCCGAGCCCGGAAAAGGAACAGAAAAAGUGGAAAGCUAAAUAACCAUUUAGAAGCUGCUAUUCAUGAGGCCAUGAGUGAACUGGACAAAAUGUCUGGGACCGUUCACCAAAUCCCACAGGGAGACAGACAAAUGAGACCCCCCAAACCCAAGAGGAGGAAGAUCUCCAGAUAACAGGGACUACUCCACCAAUGCGCAGUGUUGAGUAAAGGAACGUGCACAGAUAAAUCUAUCUAUAGAUAGGUAUUGAUAUGGCCACUGUUAUAUCAGUAUUUAUACCACAGCAGAUCGCUACCACCACCACAGGGUGCUAAAAGAAGCAGUGACACAGUAUUUUUUUGAACAGGAAGGAUAAUGAAGGCUGGAAAACCAAUCAAAAUCCCUGACUGAUGAGAGUGAGAAACGGUCAAGAGAUUACUGAGAAACUUUUUCUAUAAUACUAAAAUUGUGAUUAUAAGAAAUGUCCAAAUGUUUCCGAAGACUUUUCAGUGUUGUAUAUAGAAAAUACAGAAUUUCACGGUGAUACCAGAAGUGUAAAUAUUGUACAAUAUUGUCAUGUACAAGCGUACCUAAUGCACACUCUAUCUUUUAUUGUACAAAGAAAUAGUGUACAAAAUUCUUUGGUUUCUAUGGAGUACACCUACCAGAGACUACCAGUGUAAAGUGAUAAAUAAAAAUACAACCUAAAUGCUUUUCUAUGA